CUGUCAUAGGUAUGCCCUGCUCCGGAGCCAAGGCCAAGGGCGCCAAGAACUGCGCCGCUUGCCAUCAUGCCACGGCGAUUGAUGCACGCAAGUUCGGGUUUUAGGGGCGUGGGGGUGAGUGUGGGCGGGGAAAAGGUCAAUAGAGUUGUAGUAUGGCGUUACAGUUUGGGGUACAUAGGGAGAGAUGUGGUGGAGGCCUGAUGCUACAGUACUACCUACUGCCGUCGCUACUGCUGCUGCUGGUGCCGCCUGAUGGAACUACUACUACGUACAAUACAUACGUAGGGUGUGUGUGUGUGUGUGUGUGUGCGACAGAUGGUUGCGGCGUGCCUGGAGCUGGAACACGGAGGCGCAGGGCAGAGAUUAGAGACGCGCGUAUCGUGGCAAGGCUCGAGGGGGAGUCUUUGCGCAGCGAGGGCUUCGGAAAUGGCUUGCGGAGAUCAUCGCUGUGGCGCCAGCUUGGGUGUUUGGAAUGGGGGAUUGCCUGCCUGCUUGGUUGCUUGAAGGGGAGAGAGAGAGAAAGAGGGCGGCUGAGACGAGCAACGCGCCCAUUCUGGCUGAGCUCCCUGUUCUCUGCAGCAGCAGCAGCAGCAGCAACAGACCGUUGCCAUGAGCAAUGCGCAUGGCCGAAUUAUCUGCGCAGAGAGGCACGCACGCACAGCACGCACGCAGCCGGCAUGGUCGUUGAUGAUACUUUGCAGGUACCUACCUACCUAGUGCGCCCUCUUCUGGGGAAGGGCGGCCAUGACUAACGGAAGCCAAACGGCGUCGCAGGGCCAUGCGCUCCUUCCGCCUCGGCCUUCCUCUCCUCGACGCUGCGCGGGUCGGCACGCGAGACCAACACCCUAUCGCCCUGCAAG